AUGUCGCAACAGUCUGACGACUCUCAGACUGCCGCCGACUUUAUUAGAGAUCAGCUGCAGCUGGAAGCCGAUGCUCGCGAAGCUCUUCCCUAUAGCAUCGAGAACUGCACCAAACCACUUGGACCAUUGCGACAGAAUGUAUUCGCCUGUCUAACUUGUACUCCACCUCCUGCGAAUCCAUCCGAUCCCUAUAAUCCUGCCGGCGUGUGUUAUUCAUGUUCUGUCCAAUGCCAUGGUGAACAUGAACUAGUUGAGAUCUUCCAGAAGCGCAAUUUCACUUGCGACUGCGGUACUACGCGAUUUACUCCCGAACAGCAGUGCACCCUUCGGAUCAAUCCCGAGACCAAUACAAAAGGAGGCGUUCACUCCGAACAGCCGGAUCCUAACAAUAAAUAUAAUCACAACUUCCGUAAUCGCUUUUGCUCCUGUUCUAUAUAUUACGACCCUAACAAACAGGUGGGCACCAUGUAUCAAUGCCUAGGUCUCGGCACGCAUGAGACUGGUGGUUGCGGUGAAGAUUGGUAUCAUCCUGGCUGUCUCGUCGGCCUUGGAUCCAAUUGGUACGAAAAGCAGAAAGCACACGUUCCCAAAGCCAACGCCAAUGGCGCCAAUAGUAAUGGUACUAGCACGCUUCCCACUAUUUCCGAAGAUGCGACUCAGGAGAAUGGCACGGAACAGCAAGCCAAUGGCAACCAGGAAGUCCAAGAGGAGGAUGAUGAAGACCCUGCCCUGCCGGACGGCUUCCCUACUGAAGACGCGUUCGAAAAUCUCAUAUGCUAUAAAUGCGUCGAAGCUUAUCCUUGGAUUAAGAGAUAUGCUGGAACCCCCGGAUUCUUACCAGCAGUAUUUCUUCAAAAGGAUAGUGAGGCAUCCUCUAAGAAACGUAAGCUAGAAGAAGAUGAUGAUGGUUCGGGAGAGGACAGCGACCGUAGCAAGCGCGUUAAGAAUGAGUCUGAAGAGGCACAGGAUAUCACACCCGCAACCAAAUCAGAUGAAAGUUCCUCACAAGCCAAGGAUGAGGAUCAGAAGAAAGACGAGGAUCAGAAGGAAAACGAAGUUCCAUCUGCCGCAGAAUGCAAGUUAGCAUCUCUACCUUCAGCACCAAGUGGCCAGUUCUCGUUGUUUACUACUUCGAAUUUCCGCGACCAAUUUUGCAAAUGUGCCUCGUGCUUCCCGGAUCUCAAGGUUCACUCGCAGCUUCUAGAAGAGGAAGAAGCCUACGAGCCGCCUCUUUCGGACGGAGCAUCUGAGCAAGGUUCGACUCACGGCAGCGGUUCACUGUACGACCGCGGUGAGUCCGCUCUCAAGAACGUGGAUCGCGUCCGGGCGAUCGAGGGCGUCAUGGCGUAUAAUCAUUUGAAGGAGCGUCUCAAGCCCUUCUUCCAGCAGUUCGCCGAGAGUGGCAAAGCAAUCGGUGCUGAAGAUAUCAAGGAGUACUUUGCCAAGCUUAGAGGCGACGAAGAAGCCAUAAAGGAGGCGGGCGAGGCUGCGAAAGAGGAUCAUAGGCAGGAGCAGAGUGGUUACUGA